UGCAGGAGCUCAGCUGUCCCACCCUUCCCCAGCAAGUGCAGCCAGCCUCACGGAGGCGCUAUCCCUCAGGCACUGACAUCUGACAAAGGCGACAGCACAGCGAGCAAGCUACACCUCGGGUCACCGACGGUCCGUCCCGACGGCCAAGCACACGUGUGUUCGGCUCCCUGGACCACCGCAGCCAUCGUGUGUCUAGGCGGCAGGGCCCCGUGUGCUGUUUGCCAUGAUUCGGCGUCAGUCCCAUCGAUGGGAGUUCGAGGCCUCCACUCACUUCUUCCUCAUCCGGCCGCGGGCCUACUUCUCCAGUCGGCAGGCGGCAGAGCUCUCGUCCUCCCCCUCCACCCCGCACGACAACUCUCUCGUCAUCGACCGCCGCACCAGGAGCAUCACCACCGUCCCGUCCAACGCGCAGCUCAUGCAGCAGCUGAUGCAGCGGCCGGCAAGGCAGGGCGGCGAGCGGGACAAGUGGGUCGAGAGGAGGGAGUUCGACGCGCUACUCGGCGUCGUCACGAUCGAGAAUGCCGCUUACCUGGUGCUGGUGACUGACAGUACCAAGAUCUGUUCCAUGCCGUCGGUGGGCGGGGCGUCCAAGGACAACAAGGACAUCUACACCAUCAAGGCGGCCGAGUGCAUCCCCUAUCGGCCGUGUCCCCCCGGCAUGCCACCCGGCGCACCAUCGGGUCCCGCGGCGCCGGCGUCGAGCGGCCCAGGCGGUCUCAAGGGCGGGGAUCAUGCCAAGUAUGUGUCCAACAUCGAGAAGCUGCUCAGCUCGGGCUUCUACUACUCGUAUGACUAUGAUCUCACCCACACACUGCAGCGAAAGAGGAACCAAGAGUAAGCAAGCUGAUUGCGGGCGGGGGAGAUCUGCUGUGUGUUGUGUGGCUUCUCAUGUGCUGUGUGUUGUGUCAGGCUGUCGUCUGCUGAGAGUGCCCCAUUAGUGGAGAUAGCAGACGAGCGGUUCUUCUGGAACCGGUGGCUGUGCCAGCCCUUCCUCGACAGCAAAGUCGCCCCCUACUGGCUCGUACCAAUCGUGCAAGGUGACUACCCCACCUAAACUAAACACACACACUCCCGUAAAGGGAAGGGGCUAUGCACUGACUGCACUUGAUUGUAUGUAUGGUUGAUGGUAUGUAUGGUGGGUUCGUGCGUGCAGGUCACGUGAAGAUGGCGAGCCUUGAGGAGGGCGGCAACCGGCUGGAUCUGAUUCUCAUCAGCCGGCGGUCGUGCAGGCGGGGCGGCACGCGCUACAACGCCAGGGGCAUCGACGACGAGGGGCAGGUUGCCAACUUCGUCGAGACCGAGCAGCUCACCUAUAUCAACAGACAGAGGGUCCUCUCCUUCGUACAGAUACGCGGAUCGGUGCCCGUCUUCUGGGAGCAGACUGGUGCGUGCGGUGGGGUGGGAAGGAACCAACAGGCAGGGCAGGAGAUGAGGGAGGCUUGGCUUGUCGCACUCUGUGUCUGUCUGCCAACCGGGUGGGGUGAUGUUGAUGUGGUGUGUCCACCAGGUUUGGCGGCCAACACGACAGUGACCCGGCCGCCGUAUUUCACGUACAAGGCGUGCAAGCGUCACCAGGACGAGAUCAUCCACCACUACGGCGAGAUCAUGUACGUCGACCUACUCAGCGGCAACAAACUGCAGGAGACCCGCAUCACCGAGGCCCUCAACAAGCAGCUCUCACACCUCUGGUGCCCACGGCCGGAGGACGGACGGCCGCCUGACGCUCCCCCCAUCCCGCAGGGCGAGGCCGGCAACCCUGGGGGCCUCGAGGCCAAGUACAAGAAGCUCCUCUCCUACACACACUUCGAUUUCCACCAAGAGGUCAGUCAGUCAGCUCAUGAGACAUACAGACAGCACAGAGAGAGGGAUAGAUGUGAGGUGUGUGGGCGUGUGUGUGUAGGUGAAGGAUCUGGGGUUUGAGCUGGCGCUGCAUUCUCUGAUCCACUCGAAGCUGACGCCCUUCUUGUCACGGUCGGGCUUAUACGACUCUGACGACCCCUCCAAGUGGCAGACGGGCGUCAUCAGGACCAACUGCCUCGAUUGCCUCGACAGAACCAACGCCGUCCAGUGGUACGUUCUCGCCAUCCAUCCAUCCGCAUACGCACACACGCUUCCACGUGUGAUGAGGAUGGCUUGGUCUGUUUGCUUGCGUGUGUGUGUGUUGGUGUGUUGGCUUGAAGGUACAUCACCUGGUCGAUGCUGGCGCAGCAUCUCAUGCCCAUCCCCGCCCUCCAGGUCUUCGUCGCCGAGGAGACGCCUGCCGGCUCGCAGCAGCAGCAACAGCCGAUGGUGAGCCAAGUGAAACGACCGACCAGCUGGCCACGGCAAACACAAUGGCCAUUGAUUGCAUGUGUGUGGGUGCUGUCUGUGUCACAUCAGGCGCAGCCGCAGCUGGUAGGGACUGCGAUGGAGAAGAUGGAGAAGGCGGCGGACGGCCUGCGGUCCAACUCACAGAUGCAGCUGGAGCCUGAGAGGGUACCGCCACUCAAAGCAAUGCUCUCGUCCAUGUGGGCUGAACAGGUGAGCUAGCUGCGCAGAAGAAUGCCGUUGUUGUGUGGUCGAGGGUCGUUCCCGUCUCCCCCCAUUUCGUGUGUGUGUGUGUGUGUGUAGGGCGACGCGAUAUCAGUCCAGUAUACGGGGACCGGGUCCAUCCUGUCGUCUGUCAUCAAGCAGGGCAAGUCGUCCAUCACAACCAACAUAGAGCACGCACUCCGCUCCAUCGGCAGGUACAGACAGCCUGGCACAUGAAGAAGACCGACCGACACACCCACACCUCCCUCCCUCUCUCUCUCUCUCUCACCCAUUGCCAUCAUUGCCAUCAUGAUGCACUCACGCAGGUUCUACCAGAACAACUUCGAGGACAGCCUGCGUCAGGAGUGCAUCGACCUCCUGCUCGGCCGCCACCGCAUCUCCGGCACCCGCACCACCAGAUUCGAAGACCCCUCCAUGGCGGCAUACCCCCGUGACGCCUCAGCCCCGCCCCUCCCCACCCGCCCCAACACAUCCGAGGGCACCUCCCCCAUUGCCCAUGGCGACGUGCUGCGCGAGCGGCACGCCACCGACCACGACGUCAUCCCUGAGGACAACGCGCCCACUGAUGGCACCCAGCACAAGGCCGCCAUCAGGAGGAUGUCCACCACGGGCGGCGAAGGGGCCCAGGGCCGGUCCAAUGCGCCCAAGCCAGCCUCCUCCUCUGCACACCACCACCCCGGCCACCAUCCUCACCACCACCAUCACACGUCACGGGGUGGCGGGGCGUCGUCAGGGCCGCUGUCGGGCGGGAUGUCUGUGAAGGACCCCAACCGGCGUCGGCUGACGGUUUGGGUGGGGAGCUGGAACCUGGGGGGCAAGAGGCUGGACGGCACCAUUCGGCACUGGCUAGAGCCCGACCCCGGCUGGCAGCCCUGGUGGGAGAGCCUCAAGGACAAGUAUGGCGUCUCCGCCCCGCCAAUCCGCGAGGACGACCAGGCGGAACACCUCCCGGACAUAUUCAUUCUCUGCAUACAGGAACUGGUAGGCACCGCACCCCGCCGGCCGGGCAAACAAGACAGACACCACCGCCAGUAGUCUCUUGUUGAUGGAUGUGUGUCUGUGGUCAGAUUGAGUUGUCCGGCUACAAUGUGAUCAUGGGCAGUCCAGACAAGGACCGGGAGGAGGGCAUCGAGAGCGCCGUGGACUUCAUCCUGCGCAACCUGGGGCUGCGCGGUGCGUCAGGUCAGCCGCUGUAUCGGCGCGUGCAGAGUGUGGCGAUGGUGGGCCUCUACUCGGUCAUGUUCGCCAAAGACGCGCUCAGGGAGGUCCUCUCGGGCUUCGACGUCGGCUCCGUCAAAGUGGGCUUCAAGGGCAGCACCGGCAACAAGGUAAGGUACACCCAUGGUGUGGCCACACACACGCAAACCAAGAAUCGGCCAGCGUGUGUGUGUAUGUGGGUGGGUGUGAUUUGAUUGCCCUCCUAUUGUCCAGGGUGCCGUGUGUAUCCGAUUUGUGGUCGGCGCCACUCCUGUCUGUGUCGUCAAUGUGCACCUCUCCCCUGGUCAGCCACCACGCAGCCCAACACAACACAGCACAACACAGCGUGUUGUGUGUGCAGGUCAGGAGAAGGUCGACGAGCGGUGUCGUGAGUUCCGUAGCAUCCUGCAGCAGGCCUUCCAGAGCGUGCGGUCGCACUACUCCAUCCUGGAGCACGACGCCAUCAUCGUGGCCGGCGACUUCAACUUCCGCGUCAACAUGGACAAGGACGACAUUCGCAGGAACAUGACAACCGAACAGGGCAUUCAGAAAUGCAUCUUGUAAGCUAAGUCCUAUGAAUGAAUGGCAUGGCAACACUGGCCGAAUGGCUGGCUGGCAUAGUCCUUGAGCACUGGUCUCUCUCUGCGUUGCGUGUGUGUGGUCAGCCACGAUCAGCUGACCCGUGCGCGCAAGGCUGAUGAGUAUUUUCGUUACUUCCGGGAGCCGCCGCUGCGGUUCGGCCCCACCUACAAGUACAUCGCAUGCAGCACCGAAUUCGACUGGAAGAGGGCACCCGCAUGGUACAGCCCACACACACUCACACACGCACACCCUCACCCAAACCACCCAUCCCUUGUCCUGUCGUCAUGAUCCAUCCGUCCAUCCAUCCGCUCACCGCACCAUUGUCUGCUUGCAGGUGUGACAGGAUUCUGUUCACGGGCAAGCAGAUCCGCUCCCUCACCUACUGCCGCCACGACCUCUCCACCAGCGACCACCGACCCAUCUCGGCGCUGUUCGAGGUGGUGGUCCGCCUGCGGCCGCCACAGUACCGGCCGCAGAACGGCGUGCCCUACCACCACCCGCCCAACCACUCGUACCGAUACGAGAUACCCACCACGGCGGGGUUGAGGGUGGAGGGGGAGUCGCCCAGGCUGACCGUGCACCCGCCGCUGAGGGCGCCAGACGUCGCAUACAACAACGAUGGACGGGUAAGGGCAAGGAGAGGAGAGAGGAUGGGAUGCCUGUCUAUCGAGCUAACAGGGGGUAUUCUUAUGCCUUGUCCGUGUGUGUGCUGCAGGAGUCCUCGUCUGGGCCGCGGUCUGUCCGGUCUGCUGAAGAGGCCAGGAGGUGCGUGAGAUCCUCAGACCAACACAUGAACAAACAGCCGUGACUUGCUGACCGCUUCGUGUGUGCGCGCGUGGCUUCCUUUCUUCCUUCAGUGAGUCUGAGAGCGUCGCCGAGUCGUUCACUCUGAUCGACCUGUCCGACAGCCAGUCCCCCUCCCUCUGCCCCCAGCCCCCGCCCCCAUACCCAUCCAGCGCACCAUCCUCACCCCUACCAUCAGUCAUCCACACACCUUCAGAGCCGCCGCUCUCCUCGCCCGAGUGGACGGCAUCUGAGGCACCAUCGCCAUCAGUCUCUCCGGACCCCAGGCCACCGCAUGACGAGUCGAAGACGCAGCAAGCUUCGUCGUCAUCAGGACCACCGCCACGACCAAAAGCGGCGAGCAGUGGCAAAGAGCCGGCUGCCAACCUCACGUCGCCGGGGCUGGGCAGAGGUGAGGAAGGAAGGCGACACGGGGAAGGUUUCGUCGGCCAUGGAGGCUUACCUGCGCACUCGUGUGUCCACUCAGGUGGCAAAGGCGGGCUCUCGGCGCCGCCAGAAUGGGCCAUCGUCAACACAUCCGGAUCACAGGUGCGAUGCACACCUGAUAAAGAGAAGAAAUGCCCUCAUUGACCAUUGUCGCUGUCUUCCGUCAUGUGUGUGCAGCGGUCCGUGGCGUCCGGCUCAUCCGGGGAGUUCUCAUCCGAGUACGAGCUGCUGGCGGCCCCGUCGCGCCUCCCGUCGUCCAACUCGCCCUCACAAGGGGCCUCAUCGCCGUCAUCGUCUCUCAGGCCGCCCCCUCCCCCACCCCCACCCCCACCAGCCCAGCCGCAACCUCAGCCAGCGCCCCCUGCACCGGUGCGCCCAUCGGCUGCGACGGCCAAUCCGCCUGUCGCAGCGGUGAGGACCGUGCAGGGGCCACUGGCGCAGCAGAAUGGGCCAUUGGUCCCCGCACAGCCUGUGCCAGCGUCGGUGUUGGCGAAGCGAGAGGAGGGGCAUUCGUCUCUUGUGGACUACCUUAGUUCAUCACGUGAGCACGCAAUACACUGAUAGCACGUACACACAGAGUCUGCUGUAUGUCGUUGGCGUUGGUGUGUGUUUCGCUGCGCAGUUGCGAGCUUGCCCGAAGAUUUGUUGUCAGCCCGACCUCGCGAGCAAGGUGAGACGGCCGAGCAACACUCGGUCGUGGGACAGAUGAAAGACACUGAUCGACCGAUCUGUCUGUGUUUUCGACGAACAGAUUUGUUGUCUGGUUCCCCGUACCACCACCGCCACGUGAGCAACCCACUGUCGCCCCUGAUGCUGGCAGCAGACAGCGUCCGCCCAACCUCAACCGUCAGUAGCCAUCCCCCCGUGCCCCUUCCCCCCACACGCCCGUCCCCUCCCUCCUCCUUCCACCACUACAUCGACAACAUCCACGACAGUCGACUCAUGGCCACGGCCGCGCCACCAAGUGCUGCGAGCGUCCCUCUCAUGGGCUCCUCGCCGCCCGGCCAGUCUUUGUGGGCGGGCGGUGACGGGCGGGGUCGCGCCCCCUCUCCUGAGCCUGCAGUGUCGCAUUCGAUGGGCGACGCCAGCCUAGAUGACGUCUUUGGUGCCGCUGCUGCUGCUUCUGCUUCUGUGAUGGGUGGCGAGUCGGGUCAGAGGGAUGGAGGUGACGUGAAGAAGCAGCAUCAGCAGCAGCCGCCUCAGGACGAUCUGAUAGACGAUUGGUGGAUGCAGGAUGGGGCCAAAGAGUGAUGUGUGUAUGUGUGUAUGUGUGUGUGAGUUGUUAGUUGAGAGAGAGAGAGUGUGAGUGAGAUGAGAUGCGGAUUUUUCGCGCCGUGUCUGUCUGUCUGUAUUUGCCCUGCAUGCUUGUGUGGUGUGGAAAUUGCGCCUGCUGGUGUGGGUGGGGGAGAGAUGGUGGGCGGACGGACGGAUGGUGGGCGGAUGGGAUCAUGGAGUGGGAAUGGAUGUGACGAGACUAGUCUCAGAAAGGCUGACGUGCGAUGGACAUCAUGGCCGAGGCUGAUCCAUAUGUGUGUGUAAAGCGCUUCAUGCACU